GCGAUGGCGGCCGUACGGGGCCUGCGAGUGUCGGUGAAGGCGGAGGCCCCGGCGGGGCCGGCUCUGGGGCUCCCGUCGCCUGAGGCGGAAUCCAGUUUGGAGCGUGGCGAGCCGGAGCCCAUGGAGGUGGAGGAGGGCGAGCUGGAGAUUGUGCCGGUUCGGCGCUCGCUGAAGGAACUGCUCCCGGAUACAAGCAGAAGAUAUGAAAACAAGGCUGGCAGUUUCAUCACCGGAAUUGAUGUCACCUCCAAGGAAGCCAUUGAAAAGAAAGAACAGCGAGCCAAGCGCUUCCAUUUUCGAUCUGAAGUAAAUCUCGCCCAAAGAAAUGUAGCUUUGGACCGGGACAUGAUGAAAAAAGCAAUCCCCAAAGUGAGACUAGAGACAAUCUAUAUAUGUGGAGUGGAUGAGAUGAGUACACAGGAUAUCUUUUCCUAUUUUAAAGAAUAUCCUCCAGCUCACAUUGAAUGGUUGGAUGAUACCUCUUGUAAUGUGGUUUGGCUGGAUGAAAUGACAGCCACACGAGCCCUCAUCAAUAUGAGCUCUCUGCCAGCCCUGGAUAAGAUAAGAAGCAGGGAUGCCACUGAGGACAAGUCAUCUGAGAAAAGUAAAAAAGACAAGCAGGAAGACAGUUCAGAUGAUGAUGAGGCUGAAGAAGGAGAAGUUGAAGAUGAGAAUGCAAGUGAUGUAGAGUUGGACACAUUGUCUCAGGUAGAAGAAGAAUCUCUCCUAAGGAACGAUCUUCGUCCUGCUAACAAACUUGCUAAAGGAAAUAGGUUAUUCAUGAGAUUUGCUACAAAAGAUGACAAAAAGGAACUUGGAGCAGCCAGAAGAAGUCAGUAUUACAUGAAAUAUGGGAAUCCAAAUUAUGGAGGCAUGAAAGGAAUUCUUAGUAAUUCUUGGAAGCGAAGAUAUCAUUCCCGUCGCAUUCAGCGGGAUGUGAUCAAGAAGAGAGCCCUGAUUGGGGAUGAUGUUGGCUUGACGUCCUAUAAACACCGACAUUCCGGACUAGUGAAUGUUCCCGAGGAACCCAUUGAAGAGGAGGAAGAGGAGGAAGAAGAGGAGGAAGAGGACCAGGACAUGGAUGCAGAUGACAGGGUGGUGGUCGAGUACCAUGAGGAGCUCCCCACGCUCAAGCAGACCCGGGAACGGAGUGCUUCUAGGCGGCCCAGUGCCAGCAGCUCAGACUCCGACGAAAUGGACUAUGAUCUAGAACUGAAAAUGAUUUCCACUCCUUCACCAAAGAAGAGCAUGAAAAUGACUAUGUAUGCUGAUGAAGUGGAAUCUCAGUUGAAAAAUAUUAGGAACUCCAUGAGAGCAGAUACUGUAUCCGCAAGUAAUAUCAAAAACCGAAUUGGUAACAAAUUACCACCUGAGAAAUUUGCAGAUGUCCGACAUCUGUUAGAUGAGAAGCGUCAGCAUACACGUCCACGACCAGCAGGCAGCAGUACUAAAUCAGAUAUACGCCAGCGGUUGGGGAAGAGACCACAUUCUCCAGAAAAGUCUUUUGGUGGUAAUCCAGUUAUGCGGAGAGAACCCUUUUCUGAUGUGCAUAGUAGGCUCGGUGUUCCCAGGCAAGACAUUAAAGGCCUCUACUCUGAUACUCGGGAGAAGAAAUCAGGUAGUUUAUGGACUCGCUUAGGAUCCGCACCCAAGACCAAAGAAAAGAACGUGAAGAAAAUGGAUCACAGGGCGCCUGGCACUGAGGAAGAUGACUCUGAGCUGCAAAGGGCGUGGGGGGCUCUGAUUAAGGAGAAAGAACAGUCUCGUCAAAAGAAGAGCCGCUGUUACCAGCACCCUUUUCCCAAGAAAAGUCAAUUCCCAGGUGCUUAUUGGACAGCCUUCGAGGGGGAAGAUGAGGGAAGCUGCCAGCUCACCCUUCCAGGACCCUAGUGUGGGGGCCGAAUCUCAUGGACCUGACCUCAGAGGUGCACCAGUGCCGCCCAGGUAGAUAAGAGACUCAGCGUGAUCGUGCUUCCAUCCCUCCCCGGGGAUUCUGUUAGGGGCCUCUUGUUAGCUAUCAGCUUGAAGUGAAGAUCAAGUUCAGUGCUGUGGGAUUUUUAGGAACAAAAAACUGUGACUUCUGGAUUUGGGGUGGAUUUUUUGUGCUAGGGGUGGGGUCAUGGGUCAAUGUUGAACAAUUUUUAAGUCUGUAUUAUGUUUAAAAAAUAUUAAUGAUUUCAAAGUUUAAAUUUUUAAUUUUUAUAUGUGAAAAUACUUCCUGUUGGCUACAAGGGAAGCUCAAGUGGUGUCUUCUUAACGUGCUGUUAAAUAUAUAUUAUAUACUUUAGAAGAAGGCAAAGAGAGGAGUCUCAUUAUUUUUAAAUGAUCCUAAUUGUAUAGUCUGUCUAUUGUACAGAGUUCAUCUUGCUUCUUGGCCACUGAAGGGGAAAAAAUCCAUCCAUCUGAGAUGGGGUCCUGUUGUUUAUUAAGAAUCACUUUAGAAGUGGUACACUGAUACUAUUCUUUCUGUCUCCAAGUUCUGGCACGUAAAGACGUCUUCAAAACUGGCAAAUAACAUUUAAUAGAGAAAUUUUAGUUCAUUAAUGUCUAACUUCAGAUUAUGCUGUCACAAAAAGGCGGUAGAUUACUCUGACUUCUUAUCUGAGUUUUGUUUUGAAGUAGUUCAUGUUUGUAUUCCUCUGCAGGCUUAAAAUGAGUGUUUCACUUCUAUUCACUAGAACUUAGGAGCUAGAGAUAGUAAGUCCUUGUCCCUUUUGUGAUGUCUUCACUCCUGUGUGGAGUGUGUCGGCAUCCAGUGCAGCCCUGGAUUCCAGAGGUCUUUACCUGUGGCUGAGCUGAUGGUCACGUGGCUGCUUGCACUGUGGUGCGGCUGGACAUGGAACGCUGUUGUUAGCAAAGUGAGACUUGAGAGCUGCAGUGAGAACGGCGUUGUCCCUACUUCGUUGGUUAACCAGCUUUCCUCCCUUCCCUUUGGAAAGAUUAGAGCUCAUAACCAAGAUGUGUUUCAACUUCCUAAUAGGAUUCUAGGAAUGAGAUGAUUCUGCUUGCUCUGCCAGUCGAGACCUAAGGUUUCUCAGCUAUUCUUGCCCUUUGAAACACACAGCCGAGAGCCAGGUUCUUGAGGGGGAGUCUGGGUUUGGGGAGUUGGCAGUGUGAGAGGUGCACAGGCCUGAGAGUCAGACACCUGAAUGCCAACCCCUUGCUCUGCUCCUUGAGCCUGGGCCUCAGUUUAGUUAUUUAACAAAUGUAUGGGUUGGUACCAGAGCCUCUGCUUUUUGUUGGUGCCUCUCAGUAUUACUCUCCUCUCCCCAAAGCUAGGACAGCGGUGGGCUGCUGACACUAGUUUCUGUUGCGGGUAGGGAAAGCAUCAAAGAAACAGCCGAGGGUACUUAGCCCACCCCAUUGUAAUCUCUGAGUUUGCUAGCGUGUCUUUGUGACCAAGGUCCCAACUUACAUGCUCUCUGCUAUGUUCAGAAAAUGCCCCUUCUCAGGCUUCCCCAGUGGUGACCCUUUCCCACCGGUUCAGGCACGUCUGUCCCAUGGUCUUGUAACUCUCAGCAGCCUCUGGCUAGAGAUCAGGGAAGACUUUCUGGAAGGAUGGUGGUGGUAGGUAGUUAAACCUGGGUCUUUAUAUAUAACCACGAAAAAUACUCACUUCAAUGACCUUUUCACAAUUCUCAAAAACACACAGAACCCAGAAAAGUAUCUUUAAAGAUAUUUCCUGAAGUUUUUAGUCUUAGCCUGUCUCACUCUCCAGCCUAUACUCACAUGUUCAGAUCUUGCAGUUGCUUAGGUGUACCCUGAGUGCCAUGGGCCUGUCUUUAGCAUUUGGGGUGAGGAAGGAGAGUCAGGUUUGUCCUCGGCAGAUGGCCUGCUAUGCUUUCCCCCUGGGCCUUCCUCGUGCAUGUGGGCAGCAGGGCUACCUACUUUUCUGUGUUCUUACGAGGAACAUGAAAUUUUAAAAUACGUUUUUGCUGCUUGAUAAUAAUUACAGAUACCUCAUUUCUGUUUCCCACUCUCUCUCUUGGGAGAGGUAGCAAUUACCCUGGAGAACUUGUGAAGCUUGCCACAAGAUGUAAAUUCUCCUCCCCUAGCCUUCUGUAGUCUGAUCCCAGAGAAACCUCCCCUAAGUUCAACCAAUGUCUUCUCCUCCAUCCCUGUAGUAACCUUCUUACUGGUCUCUUCCCUGUCUCGCCUCCAUUCUGCACAUGGCAACCAGGAUAAACUUUUGUUGUUGUUUAUUGAGAUACAAUUUAUGUAGUAUAUUGAUCACCCCUUUAAAGUGUACCUUUCAUUGGCUUCUAGUCUAUUCAUAGAGUUGUGCAACCGUCACCAUAGUCAAUUUUAGAACAUUUUCAUCACCAAGAAGAAACCCUGGACCAUUAGCAGUCACUCCCUAUUCCCCUGCCUCUCCCUCCCCCUCAGGCAACCAUUAACUACUUUCUAUCUCUGAACAUUUUGUAUAAAUGGAAUCGUACACUUUGUGACUGUUUGUGACUGACUUCUUUCAUUCAGCAUGUCUUUGAGGGCCAUCCAUGUUGUGGCAUGUGUCAAUACUUCAUUUCUUUUUGAAUCAAGUGAAUAAUAUUCCUUUAUAUGGAUAAAACACACUUUAUCCAUCUACCUGUUAGUGGACAUUU